AUGGUCAAGUCGACGCUAAUCUACCGUUACGAUGCACUUCCCCUUUGCGGAUCGGUCGACGAUAACCUUGAUCCCAAUUUAAAUGAGCAGAAGAAGAAAUGCAAGAUCAUUAUCAGCAGAAUCACGCCCAACUCUGAGCCUCAGGCAACAAUUGAGAGCGGUAACUACAAUAUUCACUAUUUAAUUCAGAACAGCAUCGUCUAUGUCACUGUGUGUGACAAAUCUUACCCAAGGAAACUUGCAUUUCUGUACUUACACGAGAUCAGCAAUGAAUUUGAGCAUUCACACGGCCAGGAGGCUUUGAGCACAGCAGCUAGACCGUUUGGGUUCAGCUCUUUUGACAAUUUCUUGAGCAAGACGAAGAAGAUCUACCAGGAUCAAAGAGCACAGUCUAAUCUUGAUCAACUUAAUAACGACUUGGCUGAUGUCAAGAAGGUCAUGACGAAGAAUAUUGAGGAUUUACUAUACAGAGGUGACUCCUUAGAUAAGAUGAGCGACUUGUCUCUGUCAUUGAGAAACGACUCCAUCAAGUAUAGAAAGAAGGCACAGAAGAUCAACUUUGAUGCCAUGAUCAGACAAUAUAUUCCAGUGGUUGGAGUCAGUCUUAUCUUUGUCUUCUUUAUCUGGUACACAUUACUCCGUCGAUAG